UGCAGAUUGAGCUUUGAAGACUCUGCAACUUUUCAAAUGUUCUCAAGAUUCCAAGUUAAAGAAAAACGUCACUAUAUUCCAGGUGGUCUCGUGGCAAAUAAAAUUCAUUUUCGAGCGUCACUUUGCUAAAUAACGAGCUAAUUAUGGUUUCGAAGUAAGCUAGUGUCAUAGUGUUCCUUUAAAUCAUUUAUUUAAUUGAAAUCUUAAUAAAAGCUCGAAAGUUUUGUCUACUGGAGAUGUUAUCAUUUGUGGCUAUUUGAUGAAAAGCAGACGUAUUGAAUUGUUACGUAAACUCCUGUGGAAUCUUCACUGUAUGAAACAUUCGUCAGAAUCCAGUGUUCUAGACUGGAAAAGAAGAUACUUCAUUCUAUACAAAGUUCAUAGUCAAAAUAAAACUGAAAUAUUUUUUGAUUAUUACAAAGAUGAAACUGUGACAAAAUUCAAGGGUCGUGUUGAUUUAGAACAUUGUGAAUGUAUUAUUGAAAAUGUGAAUAUUGGUCAACCAUGUGCAUUUUCAAUUUCAACAUUAUUUAAUGGAAAUAAACGAAUUUAUUAUUUUAUAGCAGCAAAUAAUAAAAUUAUGUCUGAUUGGGUGCGUCAUUUAGCUCAUGUCGCUGAAUUAGUUGAUGUUUCUACUACAAAUGUCACUUCCAAUCAAAGAACUGUUGUUGAAAACAUUAACAGCAACCGAAGUGCUGGUGGCGUUUGUAAUGAACUGCCUUUAUUUCAGAGACCGUCUAAAAUUCCUCCAGAUAAUAAUGCUAAUGUUAAUAAUAAUGAUAAUGGCGUACAUUCCAGGAAUUCCAAUGGUGAAGAAAUAGGGACUAAGUCCCCUAAUAAUCAGCAUCAAUCACUGAGCAAUAAUCAUGUGAACAGAGAUAAUGAUAAUGGUGAAGAUGAUUACAAAGAGGUUAUCGGUGGAGUUGAUUACUUAUUGUCUGGUUCUGAAUUAUUAUUAGACGAUUAUCAUCAUCUUCCGGAUUCACGUCACUCCUAUGUAAAUCUAACUAAUGCUGUGGUAACGGAGAAAGAAUUCAAUAUAAAUUAUUCUUCAUUGCCUAGAAUAGAUCAAAUGAAACAAACCACCAGUGAUAUUACAUGCAAAUUAUCAAAUGAAAACAUUAAUAAUCAGAAGAACAAAUGUCAUCACGUAAACAAUUUUACUAGUUCUCCUUCCAGAAACUCUCUAAAGCAGCGAAAUUCUUCUAACAGUGUCUACUAUAAUGUCUGGGAUUCUGAAGAUGGGUCUAAAGUUACUACUACUACUACUACUAACAAUACUACUGCUGUCACAACUGAUUCGAUUGUUGAUUCAGAAAUUUAUUUAAAACGCAAUAAUCAAAUUAUACAGAAUACAAGAAUUUAUCGUAAAAGUCAUUGUGCACCAGGAAGUAGUAGUACACUAUCAAAUUCUCCACUUCUUCAUCCAUCAUUUGAUCAAAAAUCUAAUCGUCAAUGUUUACUAAUAAAAACAGGGGCAGGGACAAAAACUAAUCGUAAACCCGCACCACCACCACGUAUGUCACCUUUGAAAUCAUCGUCUUCUACAUUACCAUCUACAUUUACAAAUUCAAUUAACGUUUUGUCUGGAUUAAAUUUAGAAUCACCAUUACCAGUUCGUGCAAAAGGAUCGGAUAUGUCUGUAGAUAGUAGUUUAAAUAGUAGUAGUACUUGUAGUGAUGUUAAUAUCUCCAUCCUUAACGACACAACUCAUGAAAAUGUUGAUGAUGGUCGCGGUAAAAAUGAGUUUAAUAAUAAUAAUGGUGAUAAUCUGGAUCGAAAUCACAAUAUGAUAGAUAAGGAGAUCAACGAAGACAAUAAAGAGAAUAGAAUACAAUCAGUAGAUCAUCAUUGUAACAUAAAUGUAAUCGAUAAAAUUCAACCAAACACCAAUAUUAAUCUUACAAAAUCUGGAAUUUCUGUUAAUAAAAUAUCACAUUUAAAUUAUAUUGAACCAUAUAAUUUGGAUUUACGUACUGUUCAAUGCCCGAAGGAACAUAGUAAUGGUGUUGAUGCUGGUGGUAAUUUGUUGUCAUCUCGUGUAACUACACUGACAACAACAUCAGUAUUAAAAACUGCGUCAGCUUUUCCUAUCUUAGCAACAACAGCAACAACAACAGUAAAUUCUGAUAUUUCAUCCAAUGUUACAGGUUCAUCUAAUACUGCUAUAACAUCUGUUUGUUCGAAUUUAUUUAAUAAACAGUUAUCAACAAAUGGUUUACAACAAACGGUAAUUAUGUCUUGGAUGCAUCCUCAUUCUUUGUCUUCUUCUUGUUCUACCACUACUACAACUUUUACUAACAUCAAUCCUCUACUAUCUUCUCAGUCGGAUUCAUCUGUAUUCCUAAAAUCAAAUAAAAUUUUAAUGUCUUGUAAUGGUACUAGUAAUAUGACUACUGUUGCUACUACUGCUACUAGUAGUGCUAAUCAACCAGAUGAUGAACAUAUUGAAUAUCGUGAAAUUGAUCCAAUCAGUACAAAUGCUUUAGCUAUUGUCAAAGAACGAUUUGGCUAAUCUAUACACAUAAAUUUAUAUAUAAAUAUUUAUCCUAUAGAUAUAUAUCCUUCUUUGUUGAAUAUGUUCAUAACAAAAUGGUAACUAUACUGUUGAAUUCUUAUAACUAUUAAUAAUAUUAUAUAUGCCAGAAGAUUUCAAUAUCCGUUAUUGUGUACUCCAUUUGUGAAGAAAAUAAAUGAUGAAUAUAUGUGUAUACAAAGAAUAAACUUUUACAGAAAUCCACUACCACAUACAUACACACAGACACGCAGGCAUACCGUAGCAACACGAUUAUACCUAUAUAAAUUCUUCCUUUUGUAUUAUGAGUUGCUUUUUAUCAAUCAUUCAAUUAGACAAUAAUGUAAAUUUAUAAUGGGUAUAUAUAUAUAUAUAUAUAUCGUCUUUUAUUACAUAUCCCUCUUUCAUGAAUUUGGAUUCCCGCAUUUUCUGACUAUGUAUUCUAAUUUGUUUUAAUGUGAAUACGACCUCACAUACACAUACACACACGUUCGAACACUUUUUAAAUAGUUAAUUUUUAUUUAUAAUUUCUUUAAUUAAUCAGAAAUUUUUACAUUUUUAUUGUUAUGUAACAUUCCAUUAGAAAAUGAGAAUUGACCAGGCAAAAAUCUACAUUUUUAAAAUCAUUUCUAUUUGUUAAGCUUUUGUCAGUAUUAAAAUGUAAAUUAAUUUCAGAUGGGUUUUGUGGAUAUUAUAGUAAUUUCAAUGGUUAAGAUCAUGAGUCAUUUGAAGCUAGAUCACCAUGG